CCGUCUCCGUCGCCAUUCCUUGUAGAGAUCAGGAGAGGCGAUUGGUUCUAAGGAAGAGCGAGCUUCGAAUAAAGGAUCUUUUGCUGCCGCUAUUGGUGGUGGUGGUGGUGGAGGAGUGAUCAAGACGGGGCUUCCGAAGCCGCUGUGCUUUGUCCAUCUUGUUCCCGUUCGGGGAUCAUAUUAAAGAGCAGAGGAGGAGCAGAGUAGUCCGUGGGUGAGAGAGACGAGAGAGCUUAAGCCCGAGGAGGGAGAAGGGGGAGCUGGGGUCCUGCUUCCUGUGAGCUGAGGUUGUUCGUAGUCAGGUGGCGUCAAGAGACGAAGAGAGCGAGGCAGAGAUGGAAUGGCCGUCGUGCUUGAAUGAGUACGAGAAGCUUAUCAUCCGGAUGGACACCCCCAGGGUUGUCAUCGAUAAUGCCGUCUGCCCUACCGCGACUCUGGUCAAGGUGGACAGCGCGAGGAAGCACGGCAUCCUCCUCGAGGCCGUGCAGGUCCUUACCGACCUCAACCUCUCCAUCAAGAAGGCCUACAUCUCCUCCGACGGCCGCUGGUUCAUGGAUGUCUUCCACGUCACCGACCAGUUCGGGCGCAAGCUCGCCGACGACAGCGUCAUCUCCUACCUCGAACAGUCAUUGGACAUGAAGGAGCACGACUUCCACCGGCCCGACAGCGCAGAAGGCCUCACCGUCCUGGAGCUCACCGGCGCCGAUCGUCCGGGUCUCCUCUCUGAGGUUUUCGCAGUGCUAGCCGACCUCUGCUGCGGCGUGGUGGACGCCAAGGUAUGGACCCACAACGGCCGGAUCGCAUGCCUUGUCACCGUCAAGGACAAGCUCUCCGGCUGUCCCAUCGACGGCGACCCGCAGCAGCUUCACCACGUCGAGUCCCGCCUCCGCCACGUCCUCAAGGGUGACAACGGCGUCUGCGGCGCCAGGACCGCCGUCACGUCCAUACCCGUCGCCCACACCGACCGCCGUCUCCACCAGAUGAUGUUCUCCGACCGCGACUACGAGCGACACUCUCCAUCGGCCGCGUCGUCGACAUCUCCUGCCGUUUCGGUGCAAAACUGGGUCGAGAAGGGGUACUCCGUCGUCGCCGUGCAGUGCCGGGACCGCCCGAAGCUGUUGUUCGACGUCAUGUGCACGCUCACGGACAUGGAAUACGUCGUGUUCCACGGCACCAUCGACACUGACGGGGAUGUAGCUCAUCAGGAGUUCUACAUAAGGCACAAAGACGGCAGCCCCAUAAGUUCAGAAGCAGAGAGACAGAGAAUGAUCCAAUGCUUACAAGCCGCCAUCGAGAGGAGAGCAACGGAGGGUAUAAGGCUAGAGCUAUGCAUCGAGGACCGGGCAGGGCUCUUCUCGGAGGUGACACGGACGUUCCGAGAGAACGGCCUGUUAGUCACGAGAGCAGAGGUGUCGACCAAGGGAGACACGGCCUCGGGCGUGUUCUACGUGACCUCGGACGCUGCCGGGCAACCGGCUGACCCCAAGGCUGUCGAUGCCGUCCGGCAGAGGAUUGGUGCUGAUUACCUUACAGUGAAGGAGGAGAAACGGCCACAAUACCGCAGCAAGGCCGGCGAUGACGGCGACGAGGAGGCCCAGGGUUCAGGCGGUGUCGGCAUCGGGCUGUUCUACCUGGGAAAUCUCUUUUGGAGAAACCUGUACAAUCUGGGGUUGAUCAAGUCCUGUUCGUAGGCCAAGUGUUCCACCCUCCUUCACUGUACAGUUCAGGGGAGGGCCAUCGGAAGAUUCAGUAUCUGUAUGAGAGAGAGAGAGAGAGAGAGAGAGAGAGAGAGAGAGUGUUGCAGGUUUGCAUCAAAAGUAGGUAGGAGGGAGCAGAUCAAAGGAAGGUGAAGAAAGUGGUGGGAUGUGAUUGCCAGCUUGGAAAGAUGGUCCUGGUGUGCACUUUUCUUUUCAUUUCUUGUAUUCAUAGUGUUUGAUACACUUUGUACAUAAGGAAUGGAUGUUCAGUACUGACUUUUGACAACAGGAACUCAAUUUACUUGGCUUCUCAGCUUUGGGAAA